GCUUUGCGUUCCAUGUGAAGUGGACAAUUCUUCGUAUAGGCAUUUCAGAGCCCAAAUGUCAGUGUUACAGUCACUACAGUCGCUGUCAAUGUUACUGUCGUGAUACUUGCUCAGGGCGUGCCUUUGUCACUCGUUUUCGCUGCUAUACUCGACUCAACCUAUCCUGGCCUGCACAAAAACUUUGACUAGGUCUCUACGUCACACCAGCCUUCAUCCCAACAUCACAGGUUCCCUCAUUACCCGACUGUUUGGUCCCGGCCUGUCACCAAAUUGCCCUCCUCCACAGUCUAGUCACUGCUUCCGAUUGUUAAUUCAGUACCUAACUUGAUGGUGGGGGCGUUACUUCAAUUUGGUCACAGCUGCAAUCGACGGGUUUGACUCAUCCUGUUGUUCGAUCAGACGACUGCAUCUUCCAAUCCCAAUCUCGUAUAACUUUCACCCACCUUCCACUCAAUAUCUGCGACAAACCUCAAGCGCCCGUCGAAAUCCUUCUCUCACAUCAUCUCCACAUAGAAUCAUGUUCAUAGUAGCCAUGCUGUGCACAUGGGUCCUGGCCCUUGCGUAUGGCGCGGCUGCCAUCCCACUCGCCGCCAACAAAAUCUCUCUUCUCUCCAACAACAGAGCAAGAUCCCCGAUUUCCGCAAGUUCAUUUGCUGCUGCUGAUGACUGGCCCACCAACGUUGUCUUCACCGGAGGCUCUCAGAGCUACGGCUUGUGGGUACCGCCAGAUGGCAAGUGGUACGAUUUCGAAGAUAUUCAAUGUCUCGGCACCCCAGCUUAUGCCAUCGGCGACUGCAACGACAUUACCAUUGACCAGAUCGGUGUUGUAGCUGGCAAUGGUCCUUGCACUUUUGCUGCUUCUGCUGGCUCCUACAUCACUGUGCAAGGAAACCCUGGCGACGGCUUCACCACAGUCGGUCCUCCUCAACGAAUGCUCGGCGCUGCUUGUGGAUUAUGAAACCCAAUCUUCACAGGUCGAUACGGUUCAUUCCUCAACCAACCAACCUUUGUUUGAGAGCAUCAAUGCAUCAACUGAAGACUCGACGACACAGCCCCUGAUCUUCAACCAUCAGAUCCAUCAGAUCCAAUCUAACGGACAUCACUUUGUCUCGACGAAUGUCUUUUAGCGACACUAGGGUAGCAUACUCAAGUUGAAGAGCCAUAUAAAUCUGGCUGUGGAUGAUUUGGGCGAGGAUUGGAUGGACACCGCACCUUGUGAUGUGUGACCAUGCGUGGAAUUUUCAGAGUUAUCAGUACCAGGGCUGCACUUGAUGGAGUUCAUAGCGCUGCAUGUAGACGGGACAUGAAUUCAAAAUUCCUUCCUCUUAA